AUGAAGUUUUCCUUCUGUAUUAUCCUGUUUUCCAUUGGAUAUGUCACUUCGAGUGGAUACACAUGCCAAGGACCCAUCAAGCUUGCUCCUCCGAAUGAUCUGACACAAUUGGUCAAUUGGCCUUCUAUUUGGAAUGAUUCAAUGCCUCCGAUCCCUUUUGCAUCUCAGCAAUCUUGCAGCUGGGAAAUCUCAGUUCCAGAUGGAAUGUAUGCCUCUGUUGUAUUCUAUAAGAAUGCUCCUUCUGCAGUUUCGAUAUCUUUAGUUUACCCAAAUGGAUAUGCAGUUGGACUGGACAACAAUGACCUCUACCCAUAUAUACUUAUGUCUCCAAAAGUGAAAAUAAACUUGGGAAAAUCGAAAUAUGAAGGGUCGUUUUCAUUCAAUGUGCUGUGGUCGAAAUAUGAUCCAUCGAUAACUCAUGAUAACAUUCAUCUCGUAAAAGGAGCAACACCGACUGCGAUGAUCCCAAACAGUCAUUUGACAACAUUUACUGCUCAAACUACAGUAUCUAUUGUUGGAUUCAGUCUGAAAAAUCAGUCAGAAUAUGUAUUUCUCCGUCAAUCCGCAGUGUUCGACGGCGAAUCAACAAGUGCACCUUUCCUAGGGACUCUCUAUAGCAUCAUGAUGUCCGGGAAGGAGAAAGUGAGCAGUGGAAAGUAUCUGACAGUCUAUACAUGGGGACUUGACAAUCAGUUUGACUACACUCUGUACAUGGUGCAAGAUAGAGCAAAUGAACAAAACUUUUUUACGUACAGAGGAGUGAAUUGUGAAGAUGGUUUCGAUUGUAAAUUUCAAAUACUUGCAAACUACGGAACUGCGGUCCUCGUUACUUCUGGUAGUCAAGCUGAGUAUAUUAAGAAUAUUGAAACGUUCUCAGAUAAAAGUACUUUGAAAGUUUACGAGGGAGCAAUCAGUGAUGCAACUUUGGUUACCACUUUGACGAAAGCAAAUUACAAAAAUAGAUUGCCAAUGGAUCUGAAAAACACGAUUAGACAAUACGUGUUGGAUACUGAAACCAUUACUGGAUUCACAAUUACUCACGACACAAGUAGUGCUGAUUGGAAUGAAAUGUAUGAUGGAAGAAAAGGGUUUAUUCACUCUGCUUUUCACGGAGUUGUCAGUGAUCAACAAGAUACAGAUGAAUCAUUUAACACAGACAAGAAGAAACAAUUAUAUUUCAAUUACAUUGUGAGAGAUGCAGAUUUUACCGGAGAUAAAACAAGUUUAACAGUGAAAGUUUGGAGUAAUGGAAACCAAGUCUCUUCUGAUGUGUACAACUCGACAAACCUUCCGCUCGUGACAACUAAAAGUGUCCUGGGAGACAUGUACGAAAUCAUUUAUAGCACUCAAGGAGCAAGUACGAAAGGAUUCAGAAUUGAUUUUUCAACCACGUCCACAGUGUGCAAAGGAGAACAUCUCGUUCCUGCUCCAGCUGACAUUACUACUACAUGGUAUUAUCCAGAUACGUGGAGAGAAUCUGAUGAGCCUCUUCGUUAUGCGGCUAAUCAAACCUGUGUUUGGAAGAUAAAUGUACCGAAAGGAUUUUUUGCAUUUUUGACUAUAUCUGCAGCAACAAACAGUACCAAGUUGACAGUAACCGAUUCAGUUGGAAACGAAGAUUGGGUACUCCCGAUAGUCGACCAAGAUCCAUAUUUCCUUUUGGAUCCUCAGUUUACUGUUUUCCUGAAUAGCAGUGAGGAAGGAACGUUCGGAAUGAAAGUUAUUUGGAAACGAAUCGGAACUCUCAACCCCGUGUCUGAACAAGUUCUACCAAAUGUUGUUCCAACGGUUAAAACUUCAAUUGAUUGUGAUAAUGGACUAAUAAUUAAUUCAAAUACAAAAGUCUCACUGACAUCUGUUCGCCCGCCAAUAUAUACGCCUGAAGUUAUCAUGUAUAUGAGGAAUACUGUAGUUUUUGAUGGACAAUCAAUAAACGACAAAUUGAUUAAAAAUUUGUGGCAAGUUUACCAGUCUGGAAAUCACAUUGUUUCAAGUGGAAAAUACUUGACUUUAUAUUCAUUUAUGCCAGGAAUUAAAUCUGACAGCUAUGCUUUCAUUCAAGAUUAUCAAAAUGUAAAACAAUUCGGAAACUAUCAAGGUGUCUCUUGCUUUAAUCCAGAUUUGUGUCCAGUCAUUCUUGAUGCCAGAAACGGACCAGGUGCAGCAGUUCGAAUGUCAACUUCUCCACAUUUUCUAGAAGAAGCUGAUUUGUAUAAUUUUUCAAAUAUGGCUGUUUUCACAGGAAUCGUUGACCAAUCUCAUAAAGUAGCAGAAUACACAAAUGAACAUAAACUUUCUGUUGCUCAAAAAUUCGAUGGGCUAUUCACUACUUAUGUGAUUGACAAAGCAAUGGGAAUCAUCUAUCUUUCGAAUGAUAAUUUAGACUCGAAUUGGACAAGUAUAAUCAAUGGAAGAACUGGAAUUAUUGCAUCAAAGAACUACGGAACCCUUUCAAAAGAUCAAAACACCCUGGAAACAUUCACAAGUCCUUCGAAAAUUGUAUACGAUAUGUCACUGGUUUUCAAAAAAUGGGACCUACAAGGUGAUGCAACAUUGACGAUAAUUUCCUCAGCUGGAGGAAAAGUUAUUUCCAGUUCCACAUACAAUUCCACGCAUCUCCCACCAGAUGUAAAGUUCACUUUUGGAGACAAGUUGGUUAUUAAAUAUGAUUCAAAUGGAGCAGAAACUAUUGGAGUUUUGAUAAACUUUAGCUUUGAUUUGGGACAAACAACAGCAAUUGGAUCAACGUCGACAGACAUGCCUGGAGGAACAACUACGACUGCUAAAUCACUUCCAAUUGUACCUACAACAAUAGUUGGAAUUAACACAGGAGGAACUACACAACGAUUUGAAACAACAACGAAAUCUGGAACCAAUCAUUCCCUAUUUUUCCCCAUUUCACUUCUCUUCAUUUCAAUGUUUUUGUGA